CUGGGAACUGUGACGACAUGGACUCUCCCCAGUCUCCUCAGGAUGACAUCACUGAGACGCCCUCAAACCCCAACAGCCCGUGCGUCAAUCUGGCCAAAGAGGAGCAGAAGAAAAACAGAAAGAGGCUGAAAAAGCACAUCUUUGCAGCAGCAGCAGAGGGCAGCGUGGAGGAGCUGAGCGGACUUCUUGGCGAGCUCAGGGAGCUGUCCAGGAGGCGCCGGACCAUGGACCCGCCGGACUACCUGAUGCACAAGCUCACAGCCUCUGACACAGGGAAGACAUGUCUCAUGAAGGCCCUGCUGAACAUUAACCCCAACACCAAGGACGUUGUGAGGACCCUGCUCGCCUUUGCUGAGGAAAAUGAUAUAUUGGAGAGACUCAUCAAUGCAGAGUACACAGAGGAGGCCUACAGAGGACAGACGGCCUUGAACAUCGCCAUUGAGCGCAGACAGGUGACCAUCACCGAGGCCCUGAUCGAGAAGGGGGCUGAUGUCAAUGCCCAUGCCAAGGGUUUAUUCUUUAACCCCAAGCACAAGCAUGAAGGCUUCUACUUUGGUGAAACGCCCCUGGCUCUGGCUGCCUGCACCAACCAGCCAGAAAUCGUCCAGCUGCUGAUGGACAACGAGAAGACGGACGUUGCUUCCCAGGACUCACGCGGAAACAACAUUCUGCAUGCGCUGGUGACGGUGGCCGAAGACAGUAAGACACAGAAUGACUUCGUCCAAGAGAUGUACAACAUGAUUCUCCUGAGAAGCCAGGACCCAGAGCUGGAGACGGCGCAGAACAGGGAUGGCCUCACGCCGCUCCAGCUGGCCGCCAAGACGGGCAAGUCAGAGAUCCUCAAGUACAUCCUCAGCCGGGAGAUCAAGGAGAAACCUCGCAGAAGCCUGUCUAGGAAGUUCACAGACUGGGCUUACGGACCCGUCUCAUCCUCCCUCUACGACCUCACCAAUGUGGACACCACCACAGACAACUCAGUGCUGGAGAUCAUUGUUUAUAACACCAACAUCGAUAAUCGCCAUGAAAUGCUGACCCUUGAGCCUCUGCACACCCUGCUGCGAAUGAAGUGGAAGAAAUUUGCUAAAUACAUGUUCUUCACGUCCUUCUGUUUCUAUUUCUUUUAUAACAUCACCUUGACCCUGGUUUCUUACUAUCGGCCACGGGAGGAGGAGGUACGUGAGAUCUCCACCGGCCUGCAGUCGUUCCAGAACAAUAGCGUGCUGCCGCACCCACUAGCCCUGACGCACAAGAUGGGGUGGCUGCAGCUCAUCGGAAGGAUGUUUGUGCUGAUCUGGGCCACGUGCAUCUCUGUGAAAGAGGGCAUCGCUAUCUUCCUGCUAAGGCCCUCAGACCUGCAGUCCAUCCUCUCAGAUGCCUGGUUCCAUUUUGCAUUUUUCAUCCAGGCUGUGCUGGUGAUACUCUCUGUCUUCUUGUACCUGUUUGCCUACAAAGCGUACCUGGCCUGCCUGGUGCUGGCCAUGGCUCUGGGCUGGGCCAACAUGCUCUACUACACACGAGGCUUUCAGUCCAUGGGCAUGUACAGCGUCAUGAUACAGAAGGUCAUUUUGCACGACGUUCUGAAGUUUCUGUUUGUGUACAUCGUCUUCUUACUUGGGUUCGGCGUGGCCCUUGCCUCCCUCAUUGAGAAGUGUCCCCACAAGGAGACCGAGUGCAGCUCCUACGGAAGCUUCAGCGAUGCGGUGUUGGAGCUCUUCAAGCUCACCAUCGGCCUGGGAGAUCUCAACAUUCAGCAGAACUCCAAGUACCCCAUCCUGUUCCUCUUCCUCCUUAUCACCUACGUCAUCCUGACCUUCGUCCUCCUGCUGAACAUGCUCAUCGCCCUGAUGGGGGAGACCGUGGAGAACAUCUCCAAGGAGAGUGAGCGCAUCUGGCGUCUCCAGAGAGCCAGGACCAUUCUGGAAUUUGAGAAAUUGCUGCCUGAGUGGCUGAGGAGUAAGUUCCGCAUGGGAGAGCUGUGCAAGGUGGCUGAUGAGGACUUCAGGCUGUGUCUGAGAAUCAAUGAAGUGAAAUGGACAGAAUGGAAAACUCAUGUCUCCUUUAUUAAUGAAGAUCCGGGGCCCACACGUCGCCUAGAUUUCAGCAAAGUCCAGGACUCCUCCAGAUGCAACAGCAAAACCACCCUCAAUGCAUUUGAUGAGAUGGAUGACGUUCCUGAAACCUCAGUGUAAUCAGCAGUGGACAGUGUCAGGCCUGGUGUGAAGGGGCUGCAGUCGCCCAUGACUCAAGUCCUUGGGAAGAUGGUUUUGUCCCAUGGGCCAGGACCUGUGGGCUGGCAGAUGGCGCUGUCCUUGGGGCCUGUGGGGGUGCCAGUGCAUCUGGAGGGAGGGGCCCAGCAGGCCAGGCCUGAGUCUGAGGCUCCACAGGUCUGCCUCCUUAUCUGGCUUUGUUCACUGGGUGAGACCCUCUGCCAUAGGUCACUUGGUAAAAAGGCCUAUGUGAGCCUCUGCCUGUCUGAAGCACAAAUCUGGCCUGGCCACCAGGGGCCUGAGCUGAGGUCUGGGCAGAUCCAGCAUCUCUGGGCACAGUGGAGCCAAUGGGGGUGGUGGGGGUCCCAACCUCCUCCCCCAUGCUCAUGUUGUCCUCCCGGCAGGUGCAGGGCUUGGGCCCCAUAAGGCCUGGGGGCCUCCGCCCAACUGUUGACCUGGGGAAGGGGGGAUCCCAGGAGUCCCGGGGGGGGCGGUGCUGGGCCACAGUUGUCCCAUCCUUGUCUAAGUAGAGUAACCCCAUAAGCCAGCAGAGGCAGUCAUAGUGAGCUGCAUGUUUAAUAUAAGAGACAUUUCAGUUUGGAGUCAGAAGCACUUCAUGGAGACCUGGUGGUGAGGAAAGCCCCCAGCUGCAGGUUCCCAGCCUCUGGUUUUGCUGCCACUGGGUCCUACCAGACUUCCCCAGCUCCCACAGCCUGAUGCCACUUCCCUAACCUCCUGGGGCCUCUUGGAGCCUUAGAAAGACAAACCCAAAAACUGUCUAAGGAAUCCAGCAGGGAGGUGACAGAACCCACCAAGAUGCAGGGGCUUCAGGCAGCCACCUUAACAGGGGUGGGGGUGGGGAGAGAUUCUGUAAUUAAUUUCAAUUCAGCAGACACUGAGUCCCUGUUGUGUGUAUGGCACCACGCUGGGGGGGGGGCUCCUGCCCACAAGAACCUUCACUGCUCUUUCCCUCUGCUGCCUGGGCUCAUUUCUUUACUCCCCCCACCCCCCUUUGCCCCAACCUUUACUUAAUACUUAGCAGUUAAGCUGUGAUAUUUUCCCUCCCUCCUGGACCCUCCUCAAAGUGAAGUCACUGCCCAGUGGAUGGCUGCAAGGCUCUGCAGACCCAUACUGGGCAGCAUGCAUCCCACCCUUCCCUGGAGAAAGGGCUGAGGGCUUGAUGCCAGCAGGGAGGGCCUCUAAUCUACUUGUCCAGGGAGACCAGGGGGCUGCCUGCAUCCAGGGACAGGUAGCUGAUGACCUCGUGUCAGAGCCAGGAUGGUGGAACAGGAGACAGUCUCCUGGGGCUGGAUAGGGUGUGGCCUUCUGGGAUUCCCCAGGGCUGUUCCUACUGACCCAGAGGGCCCCUCCCACCUUUGCAGAGUGUGGGGGGGGGGGUGACUCAGAGCACAGCCCUGAUAUACCUAUAGUGUUGAGGCCAGAGAGAGAAGGGAUUGAGUAUUUAUUCAGUGCUUACUGUAUACCAGGCCCUGCUCUAAGCACUUUACAGAUGUGCUCUCAGAAGACGCAGCUGGGACAUCUGGAGGAUGGGUGCUUAUGGACUCCCCCCCCCUGCCCUGGCUUUGACCUCACUUUCCAGGGAGGCCUUCCUGCCUGAGGGUGAAGGAGGGCUCCCUGUGUAGACAUACUAGGGAGGUGGAGAAGCUGCCACGUUACAUACUCUGUAAGGAGCCAAUGCCCUCCUUCUGUUUUUGUAUUUGUUUUUAAUCAACUUUACAGGCACCCCGUGAUGUUGCUGGGAGGGGGUGCAAGAGGUGAAGGAGAUGUACUGUGAACUGACCUCUUGGAGGGGUGAAAAAGCCAAGUGUUCCCUGUCUCGGGUUGUGGCUAUCACUAGCCCCUGGAGCCCAAGGCCGCCAGGUGCUCAGCCCUGAGCCAAGACUGCCUUUCACACUAAUCUCAAGGGGCCAUUGAUUGUUCACCUGACUCUGAUGGAUAUUCCUCAACAACAGAACCCAGAAGGGACGUCUGGGGGUCUCUGUGGACACUCUGAGCUGGCCGUGUCCUGGGGCAAUGCCCAGCAAGGGCUGUUUACUUGAAUCAGUAACUUGGGUUUAUAAUAAAUAUUUAUUUUGC